AUGGUUCUGACGGUACACCGUAUCGUCACUUUGGCGAUAAUCUCCGUGAUUAUUGUCUCUAUAGUCAAGUUUGAGCGUUCUCGCCUUGCUACAAGUCAGAUUCGAAUCCAAGAUCUGAAGAGAAAGAAGCUCUAUGUCAGUGACCUCAACCAGCUUCUCUCGUCCAUUCUAUUCGACCAAUCCCUUCCUAGUCUAUAUUCUCUUCAUGAUUUCGAUUUUGACCAAACGAUUCCUGAUAUAUCUGGGAAUUGGACAAUCAAGCAUGGUACUGGCUCAAGCUUCGAAUAUAUGAGGAGCAUGUGCUUAGGGACCACAAGCCCCUCACGGUCUAAUGGGAAUCUAGAUGCCAAGUGGGUCAGAUUUCAGGAUUCAAAUCUACCCUGGAUUGUCUCUCGUUGUAAUCGGCAUACUGGCGCCUUGAAAACGGGGGACGGCUCUCUCACCGGCGAAUCAAGCGACGUUUCCUGGUCAUAUGCCUUGUCAUAUCUAUCUCGUAUUCCACUUCCUCUCCGUAAACAUGUCAGAGUGAUCAUGGUCGCUCCUGUUUCGUGGUCCCCACUGUUCAAACGGACGCAUGGAACUCGUAUAAAUCACUCGAGUAUGCCUAUUAGCGAGUCUACCACGCACGCGAUAGAGCCUCAUGGUCUACUCUCGCAUGACGCUGCAAUCUUCUUUGGAGAGCCCAGCUUCGGAACUUGGAUCCAUGAAUUCUCGCACGCCGUGGACCUACAUGCAGGACAUUUUAGUUCAUCUAGUAAAUGGUUGGAGGCAAUUGAAAAAGAUGAGUGUAUAGCAGAUGAAUAUGCCUCGAGUAGUCCCGAAGAGCUCCAAUGGAAUGCUGGGGAUUCUAUUGGUGAUCAACAAAAGCCACCGAUCUAUUAUCCCGGUAGACCUAUUGGUGGCCCUCUAAACACUG